GUUAAAAUAAAAAAGAGUCUAGUGUUUACGUAGCUCCUUCUCUCUUCUCUAAUAAGGGUUCUUCUUUCUCCAAGCUUCAUCCAUUAAAGAUGAGUCGUCACCCUGAAGUGAAGUGGGCUGAGACUACUGACAAGAUCUUCCUCACAGUAGUAUUAGCGGAUUCAAAGGAGACUAAAGUUAAUCUAGACCCUGAAGGUGCCUUUGAUUUCUCUGCAGAAGCUGGUCCUGAGAACCACGUUUAUGAACUUAAACUCGAGCUUCACGGUAAAGUCAAUGUAGAGGAAAGCAAGAUCAAUAUUGGAGUAAGAAGCAUCUUCUGCAUAAUAGAGAAAGCAGAGCCUGAGAGGUGGAACAAGCUGAUCGGUGGAGGGAAAGCGCCGCACUAUGUUAAGAUUGAUUGCGAUAAGUGGGUAGAUGAGGAUGACGAAGGCAGUGCUGGUGCUGGAGAUAUGGAUAUGGGAGGAAUGGGUGGAAUGGAUUUCUCGAACUUUGGUGGAAUGGGUGGUAUGGAAGGACUUGGUGGCAUGGGUGGACUUGGUGGUAUGGCUGAAGUUGAAGGACUUGGUGGAAUGGGAGGCAUGGGUGGCAUGGAAGAGUUUGAAGACAGUGACGAUGAAGAAUUUGCAAAACCAGGAGACAAGAAAGAUGAAGCCGUUAAGGAAGAAGCGAAACCAGUAGAUGUCGUUAAGGAAGACAAGUGAGGAAGAUACUGUUAGUCCCAGAGAUGAACUUAUUAUUAUGUUUUGCUUCCAAGUUUAUUAUUAGCUAAGGGUUUUUUUUUUUUUUUUGAACACAGCUAAGGGUUAUUAUAUUAGCUUUUUAAGUUUAUGAAACUUCCUCUUUUCUAAAAUGUUGUUACUCUAUUUUGCUAGUAAGGAUUUGUUUACUUCGCGUUUUGGCAUUGUC